AUGGCCCGUAAGGCCGACCACAUCUUCAUCGGUAUGAUCCGCGAAGCCGGUCUGUACGACGACAUUGACCAGGCCUACGCCGCGCUGGACCCCUCGCGCGCUGUUGGUUUCAUGGCCGAUAAACGUGUUUGCUACCCGGUCAACGAGGUCGAGGAUGUGUGCCGUGUUGCAUAUGAUUUCACUGGCAAGCCCCCCGGUACUAUUGAGAUAGAGUAG